AUGUUUAUGAGCACGGGUAAAAACCCGACGACUCCGCGCCGACGCUCUAAGCGGGCUAUGGCAGUCCCGGAAUCAUCCAGAGAGACUCGCUCCGCUCGUCUAACGACCCGUCAGUCAACUACACUGAAGGGUGCUGGAGAGGCCGAACAGCCAUCUCCUAGCAAAGAAGGGGAUGUAAUUGAACAUGAGGAUCUUCAAAACGGCGAGUACGAGAUCACUAAAUCUUCCCAAUCGCCUGAAAUCCUUGAUGCAUCCAAUCAUGAAGAGAUAAAUGAUCCCCAUCAGACGGAAGAUGAGCCCUCAGAAUCUGCAUCAACGAAAACGACUCCUGAGUUGGUCACUCCCGAGAUUCCCGACACGAAACUGUCAACUUCGCCUCGUUUGUCUCGCAAGCGCAAGUCAAUUGAAUUCAAAGAUGAGACACAGUCUCCGGAUCCCAUUCCGAAAAAGCCCAAGCUGGAAGAGGCUGAACCCACCCCUGACAGCACUCUUCAGAAUGGGAUCGAGGCAUCUGUGGAAACCACCCCAGACGCAGUCAUGACGGACCUCGACAAUGAAGAUGGGGCUGCCCCCGCAAAACGGGGCAAGAAGCUUGUUGAUGAAAUUUGGGAAAUUGAGACCAGACGACGAUCCCCUUCACCAAUUGCCCUCACUCGGCCUAUCAAGGAUCGUCAGGAAGAGUUGUCUGCCAUGUUCAAAAAGGUUGGACAGGUGCAGCAGGUGGCGCUGGCUGUAUUGGCCGAUCAUUCCAUGCAGAAGAUUGCCAGGGAUAAGAACGCCCACAAAGACUGCCCUGAAUGGCUUCAGGUGCAGCUUGAACUUGCAGAGUUUGAGCGCAAGGCACUCGGCCGUCUGAAGGCCGACUACAAAUACAACGUGGAGGCCACAGAGAGAGUCUAUCAGGGUGAGAUUAACGUUAUUCACACUCGAGCUAAGCAACAAAUUAUGAAUAUGCAAGAUGAGCUGUACUAUGUCGCCAGGGGAAAGUUUAUCGAGUUGGUCACAGGCCAACGUGCCGCCGAAGAUGACGAGCACACUGAAACUGACGGGUCCGACCCUGAUGCCGAAGAGCCGCAAUACUUGUUCCGGAUCGGCAAGGCUGGCGCCAAGGAAGUUCAGCGUGGUUUCUUCUCUGAGCAUGCACGGGUACCAGAUGGUGCCGCUGCCUACUACCGCGGUAUGGAGAGUUGGGAAGACUUUAUCAAUCAAGUCCGUAUGGGCGUCGAUGUCAACCCGCAGAUGCGAGCACUGAGCUCUGGAAAUGAUGCCGAGAUUCAAGCCACAGUUGACCAGGCCAUGCAAAUUCUCUUAGAGGCCACCAAGACUGUUGCCGAGCAAGUCACCAGCCGAGCCAAUUCCGAUGCAGAGCUCGCCCCUCGAGCUCUAUGUGCCCUGGCUGAUAUCGCUCUCGCCGAGCCGAUGCCAACCCACCUGCCUCAGAUGCGCACUGAGCCUAACAUGUCACAUCGACCUAUCUUGUCUCAGCCAUCGCAGGCACCCCCAAGCAUGAGCCAUGGCCCGACCGACCCUCGGUCAUUCAUCUUGCCUCGUCCUACUCCCACCCAACAACCCCGUCGCCUACUCCCCGCACGGGGUCAACUGGGUCUUCCUGAUCCCUUUUCCAUGAAUGGACCUCCUCAACUCCCGCCACCACCUGGUUCCAACUUUGCACGUCUACCUCUUCCGAACUACUUGUCACCCCCCGGUCCCCAUUCUCACGGGCUUCCUCAAGGUCCUCACUCUCAUGGUCCUCCUCCCGGUCCUCCAGGACCCCCUGGUCCGCCUGGCCCACCAUCAAUGUAUUUUUCAUCACCUCAUGGCCAUGGGCCUCCUCCUCAUGGACAUGGGCCACCACCUCGCCGAUAUUAA